GCUCAGCUUCUGCAAUGUGACCUGCCUGAAACUUGGGCGCUCCUUCAGUCUGGAUGCUGAUGGCAGGACAAAGGGGCACCUGGACCAUGGGCGACGUGGUGGAGAAGAGUUUGGAAGAGCCCCUGGUACCUUCUACAGAUGACCCCCCCAAGAAAAGGGGAGACUUGGUAGAAAUCUUAAAUGGGGAUAAAGUAAAAUUUGACGACACGGGACUCUCCUUAAUCCUGCAGAAUGGCCUGGAGACCCUCCGAGUGGAAAACGCUCUGACAGACGUCAUCUUGUGUGUGGACAUUCAGGAAUUCUCCUGCCACCGCGUGGUGCUUGCCGCGGCCAGCAACUAUUUCAGGGCCAUGUUCUGCAAUGAUUUAAAGGAAAAGUAUGAGAAGAGGAUCGUUAUCAAAGGGGUCGAUGCGGAGACCAUGCACACUCUUCUGGACUACACGUACACCAGCAAGGCGCUGAUCACCAAGCAGAACGUCCAGCGGGUCCUGGAAGCUGCUAACCUUUUCCAGUUCCUGCGGAUGGUGGAUGCCUGUGCAAGCUUCCUCACAGAAGCCUUGAACCCAGAAAACUGUGUUGGAAUACUGAGGCUGGCAGACACACACUCCUUGGACAGUCUAAAGAAGCAAGUUCAAAGUUACAUCAUCCAGAACUUUGUGCAGAUUCUGAACUCCGAGGAGUUCCUUGAACUUCCCGUGGACACUCUGUACCACAUCUUGAAGAGUGAUGACCUUUAUGUGACAGAGGAGUCUCAGGUGUUUGAGACUGUGAUGAGCUGGGUCCGGCACAAACAGUCAGAACGGCUCUGCUUGCUUCCCUACGUCCUGGAGAACGUGCGCUUGCCGCUUCUGGACCCGUGGUACUUUGUGGAGACGGUGGAAGCAGAUCCUCUCAUCAGGCAGUGCCCAGAGGUCUUCCCGUUGCUCCAGGAAGCCAGGAUGUACCACCUUUCUGGCAAUGAGAUCAUUUCAGAGCGCACCAAGCCCAGGAUGCAUGAGUUCCAGUCUGAGGUGUUUAUGAUCAUCGGUGGCUGCACAAAGGACGAACGGUUUGUGGCAGAGGUAACCUGCCUGGACCCCCUGAGGCGCAGCCGCCUGGAGGUGGCCAAGCUGCCCAUGACAGAGCACGAGCUGGACAGUGAGAAUAAGAAGUGGGUGGAGUUUGCAUGCGUGACAUUAAAAAAUGAGGUCUACAUCUCAGGUGGCAAAGAAACACAGCACGAUGUUUGGAAGUAUAACUCUUCAAUCAACAAGUGGAUUCAAAUUGAGUACUUGAACAUAGGCCGCUGGAGGCAUAAGAUGGUGGUGCUGGGGGGCAAGGUCUACGUGAUUGGAGGUUUUGACGGCUUGCAGAGGAUCAACAAUGUGGAGACCUACGACCCCUUCCACAACUGCUGGUCAGAGGCUGCGCCCCUCCUUGUCCAUGUCAGUUCCUUCGCAGCCACCAGCCAUAAGAAGAAGCUCUAUGUGAUUGGAGGAGGGCCCAAUGGGAAACUGGCCACAGACAAGACUCAGUGUUAUGACCCUUCAACCAAUAAGUGGAAUUUAAAGUCGGCCAUGCCAGUAGAGGCUAAAUGCAUCAAUGCAGUGAGUUUCCGGGAUCGCAUCUAUGUGGUGGGAGGGGCCAUGAGAGCGCUGUACGCUUACAGCCCUCUGGAGGACAGCUGGUGCCUGGUGACCCAGCUCAGCCACGAGAGGGCGAGCUGCGGCAUCGCGCCCUGCAACAACCGGCUCUACAUCACCGGCGGGCGGGACGAGAAGAACGAGGUCAUCGCCACGGUGCUGUGCUGGGACCCCGAGGCCCAGAAACUGACGGAGGAGUGCGUCCUGCCCCGGGGGGUGUCGCACCACGGCAGCGUCACCAUCAGGAAGUCGUACACCCACAUCCGGAGGAUCGUGCCGGGAGCCGUGUCGGUCUGACCGCGGGAGCGCGGAGGGCGGAGCCACACGGGGAGCUGGACCGCGCGCGGGCCCUUCCUCGCUCUCCUCCGCUCCAGCAGCAAGCAGGACUCCUGUCACAGGCCGCACGUACAGCAGGGGCUCCCGCGGCUCCCCAUGGGCGCUCCUUGGAAGUCAAAGAUUUGGGACACUUGACAUCAGCCAGGAGUGUUUGCGAGACCUACCUCAGGAGAGAAAAAGAGUAAGACUUAACAUUCAGGACACACCUGUCCCAUGCCAGGUUCUGUGCCAGGCAGUCAUACAUAUCAGUGCCUUUACCAUCAUAAUGACUUGGUACCUGGAUGUUACCACUCUUGUUUUACAGGUGAGGAAACCGAGUUUAAGAGAGCCUAAGUGAUUUGCCCCUAGGCACUCAAGUCAGAAGUAAAUCCGGAGUCUAAACCUAGGUCUUUCAUUGUCAAAGUUAGCGCAGGUUCUGUGAUGCUGUCUGUCUCAGAGCAGGAAAAACAAACAAACAAACAACUCUCUGUUGUUGUUGUUCUGACAAGUUUGCUAAAGGAUUCACUCAGCAAGGCAGGGAAAUAAAGGAAAUGUUUCUUUUUUCUUUCCUUUUUUCCCGUAUAUUUAAACCAUAUGGGAUCUUUGGUGUUAGAGCUUUGGGCUCCUUGUCAAGAGUGUCUCAUAGGUUUUUCCAUCUGACAAUUCUGGGGAGAUGGAUCUGGGAAGACCUGUUUGCUAAGAAAGAUGUAAAAGAUUUCUGUCCUCCCCCAUCAAAAGCCUGUAUUUCUUAUGAUUACAGGGGGCCCAUUUUGGACUGGAACUGUCACUGCCAGAAAGAAUUGUACCUUCAGCACAGUCCAGUGCCCUGGCCUCUUAAUGUCCAACAGUUGUAUUGUAAUGUAGAAAAGAUUUUUCCAGAGGCUCAGAAUGCCAUUUUUUUAAAAAAAAAAUGUAGACAUCCUUACAUUGCCGGCCACUGAGGAAUGACCGACUAUUUUUGACAGUAUACUUUCUACUUUUUAGACAGUGAUUUGGGUUCAUGUCUCUAGGACCCUACCCUCCUGGAACUUUCAUUUUCAGGAUCCUUUUCAGCCCUUUUUUUGUUUGUUUCUGGAUCGGCUUGGCACAAUUUUGACACAAAGAACAGAGUCUGUUCUUCAGUCUAAGAGACAGAGCUUUAAAAUGAGCUCACUGGAAAUUCAUCCUAAUCCCCCAACUGGGCAAACAGAUUAAGAGAUCCUGUUUCAUACGCUGUACUUAAAAAGCAACAACAAUGGCAAUAACAUAGUAACUGCAUUACCCAAUGUCCUUUAUUUUCCUCAUAUGAUUUCACAUCUCUUUAUAGAGUUUUCUUUCAUGUCAGAUGUGCCCUGUUGUGCUUGUACUUCUCAGCAGUUUGGGAAGGUAGAGGUAUUAGGAUUGAUAGUGAAUUUCAUUUUCAUAGAAAAGUUUUGGUUAGAAGGAGCUACAGUUCACUUGGAAAACUGCAAGUGAGGUUUCUAUUUAUGCUUACUUAGCUCAUUGAGGAUAAAUAUAAAUGCAUGCUGGUGUGUGAAAAGCUCUGUGCCUUAGGGUCAGGUGUGACAGUUCCACUCCCUGCUAUGAAAAAUGAGAUGGGAAAAUACAGACAGAUUUGUGGACAUUUAGAAACACACCUCACUUACUCAUGAACACUGAUAACCUUAACAAAGCUCUCAGCUGAAACCAUUAAUCUACUUCAAUUCAGCAAACAUUCCAGGAGUUUAUGUUUGGCAGGCCUUGGGGACACCAAAGAAUAAAACAAAUCUCCACCCUAGAAAUGCUCAAUAAACAGGUAAACAGGCUACUGGUCAAUGUUAUAAAUUUUCUUUUCAUCAAGGUAGAGAAAAAUGAGAUGUAUAUGAAGUUAUGAGGUUGCAUCUGGGUCUUUAUUUUCCUUCCAAAUGGUCUCCUUGGGGAGCUGUGCUGUUAGGUCAAUGAUGUGGCUGUUGUUUACAUGUUUGUCUUUCUUUGGGAUCACCUGCAGAAACCAUUUAUGAGCCACAGGAGAAGUCAGUCCUAUUUCAAAGAAGCUUCAGGAGAGAACUUUCAAAGAGGAAAUCCAGUGAUAGCAUCAUUGGGGUACAUAGCCUCCCUUCAGAAAGACAGAGCUCCUUGUCCUGGUGGUCAUUUGAUUAGAGCAAUUGGCAAAUUUUGAGCCUGUCAGCAAGUCAACCCUAUGCUGGAAAAGUGAGGAUUUAGGAUCUCUGUGUUGUAAACCUGAUUCUCACUACAGGGGUUCUCAAUAAUGGCAUGGGUUAGCAGACAGAUACACCUACUAAGAAGAUCCAGAAUUCUGCACUUGAAGGUGCCAGUCUGUAACUUUUAGGGAAAGAAAAAAGCUCACGUCAUUUUUAGGAAACUUCAUAUCAACAGGAUUUAGGUUUCUAGGCACAAGCCAGGGAUGGAAGCUCUUAAAAUCUAAUUUCCAUUCUCAGACGAACAAACAAACAAGUGGCAGAAAGUUAACUGUCAUAAGCCAGACUACCAGCAGGGAGAUGAGGCAAGUUGGUGCCCGAUGAGCUGGAGACAAAAGGCCCUGGGACUCAGGCAGGGCAUGUGGGAUGUCCUGACACAGCAGGCUGGACUUUGAAGCAGGUCCUCUGAGUGGAUA